AUGAUGACAAACACUUCCGAAGAGUUAGGGAAGCAUUCAACCUCAGUGUAUCGUGUGAGAGAAGACAGUGAAUACGUUCGGCUGGUUCUCUUGCCAAUAUUGCAGUGGGAAGCCACUGCCUUUGGCCGUCCUGUUCUUGCCCUUGUUCUUGUUGCUUCUCUCGCUUUGUUCCCUGUGCAAUGGUUAAAGAGAUGGCCCCGGAAUGCUGCAAUGAUUAGACUUGCUGGGGAAGGUAGUUGGUUCCAUCAAUUUCGAGUGGUUGCUCUCUUUAGGGUUUCACCCUUUCCGUACACAAUCUUCAACUAUGCAAUUGUGGUUACCAGUAUGACAUUUUGGCCCUACUUAUGCGGAUCAGUUGCUGGAAUGGUGCCAGAAGCUUUCAUUUACAUCUACAGUGGUCGCUUAAUAAGGACAUUUGCAGAUGUUAAGUAUGGGAACUAUCACUUGACUACAGUUGAGAUCAUAUACAACAUUAUAUCCUUAAUUGUUGCAAUUAUAACCACAGUUGCUUUUACUGUUUAUGCAAAAAAUGCUUUAAACGAGCUUAAAAGAGAAGAAGAAACUAGUGGAGUGGAAGCAUCUGCCUCGGGCCAUGGCAGUUUAGAGAUGGAGAAAGCUUCCUGUUGA